CAAAGGGAGGCGGAAGCGGAAGUCGGGGGCGCGCCGGCUCGCAGCAGGGAGCGCCGCGGCGUCGGGUCGGGGUCUGGGGUCGCCAUGGGGCGCGGCAGCGGCACCUUCGAGCGUCUCCUAGACAAAGCGACCAGCCAGCUGCUUCUGGAGACCGACUGGGAGUCCAUCCUGCAGAUCUGCGACCUGAUCCGCCAGGGGGACACGCAAGCAAAGUAUGCCGUGAGUUCCAUCAAGAAAAAAGUAAACGACAAGAACCCCCAUGUGGCCUUGUACGCCCUGGAGGUCAUGGAGUCCGUGGUGAAGAACUGCGGCCAGACUGUCCACGACGAGGUGGCCAACAAGCAGACCAUGGAGGAGCUGAAGGAGCUGCUGAAGAGGCAGGUGGAAGUCAGCGUCCGCAACAAGAUCCUGCACCUGAUUCAGGCCUGGGCGCACGCCUUCCGGAACGAGCCCAAGUACAAGGUGGUGCAGGACACGUACCAGAUCAUGAAGGUGGAAGGACACGUCUUCCCAGAGUUCAAGGAGAGCGAUGCCAUGUUCGCCGCGGAGAGGGCCCCUGACUGGGUGGAUGCCGAGGAAUGCCACCGGUGCCGCGUGCAGUUCGGGGUCAUGACCCGCAAGCACCACUGCCGGGCGUGCGGCCAGAUCUUCUGUGGCAAGUGCUCCUCCAGGUGCUCCACCAUCCCCAAGUUCGGCAUCGAGAAGGAGGUGCGCGUGUGCGAGCCCUGCUACGAGCAGCUCAACAAGAAAGCGGAGGGGAAGGCCGCCUCGACGGAGCUGCCCCCGGAGUACCUGACCAGCCCCCUGUCGCAGCAGUCCCAGCUGCCCCCCAAGCGGGAUGAGACGGCCCUGCAGGAGGAGGAGGAGCUGCAGCUGGCCCUGGCCUUGUCGCAGUCGGAGGCCGAGGAGAAGGAGAGGAUGAGGCAGAAGUCGGCCUACGCCGCGUACUCCAAGGCAGAGCCCACACCCGUGGCCUCGUCGGCGCCGCCGGCCAGCAGCCUGUACUCCUCGCCCGUGAACUCGUCGGCGCCUCUGGCCGAGGACAUCGACCCCGAGCUCGCCCGCUACCUCAACCGCAACUACUGGGAGAAGAAGCAGGAGGAAGCUCGGAAGAGUCCCACGCCCUCCGCGCCCGUGCCUCUGGCCGAGCCCGCCGCCCAGCCCGGGGAGGGGGGACAUGUGGUCCCUGCGAGCGUGGAGACCCCCCUCCCGGAGGGAGAUCCUCAGCCUGUAACUCCCGCCGGGGGCCCCUUUGGCGAGUACCAGAACGGGGAGUCGGAGGAGAGCCACGCGCAGUUCCUGAAGGCGCUGCAGAACGCCGUCUCCACCUUCGUCAACCGCGUGAGGAGCAACCACGUGCGCGGCCGCAGCAUCACCAACGACUCGGCCGUGCUGUCGCUCUUCCAGUCCAUCAACGGCAUGCACCCGCAGCUGCUCGAGCUGCUCAACCAGCUGGACGAGCGCAGGCUGUACUACGAGGGGCUGCAGGACAAGCUGGCGCAGAUCCGCGACGCCCGGGGGGCCCUCAGCGCCCUGCGGGAGGAGCACCGGGAGAAGCUGCGCCGUGCAGCCGAGGAGGCUGAGCGCCAGCGCCAGAUCCAGCUGGCGCAGAAGCUGGAGAUCAUGCGACAAAAGAAGCAGGAGUACCUGGAGGUGCAGCGGCAGCUGGCCAUCCAGCGCCUGCAGGAGCAGGAGAAGGAGCGGCAGCUGCGGCUGGAGCAGCAGAAGCAGACCAUCCAGAUGCGGGCCCAGAUGCCCGCCUUCUCCCUGCCCUACGCCCAGCUCCAGGCCAUGCCCACGGCUGGCGGCGUGCUGUACCAGCCCUCCGGCCCAGCCAGCUUCGCGGGCACCUUCAGCCCGGCGGGCUCGGUGGAGGGCUCCCCCAUGCACACUGUGUACAUGAGCCAGCCCGCCCCGGCCGCCGGCGGCCCCUACCCGAGCCUGCCUGGAGCUGCAGCAGACCCCAGCAUGGUGGGCGCCUACAUGUACCCGGCAGGGGCCACAGGCGCACAGACGGCCCCCCCAGGCCCUGCCGGGCCCACCGCCAGCCCGGCCUACUCAUCCUACCAGCCCAGCCCCGCGCAGGCCUACCAGAACGUGGCCUCGCAGCCUCCGCAGAGCCUCCCAGCCGUCUCCCAGCCCCCGCAGGCCGGCGCCCUGGGCUACGUCGGGGGCCAGGCAGUGUCCGUGGGCUACCAGCCCUACAGCAUGCAGGGUCUCUUGACUGCCCUCCCCGGCCAGGACGCGCCUCUGCCGCCCCCGCAGCAGCCCUACCUCGCAGGGCAGCAGCCCGUGUACCAGCAGAUGGCACCCUCCGGAGGCCCUCCCCAGCAGCAGCCCCCUGUGGCCCAGCAGCCGCCCGCACAGGGGCCACCGGCACAGGGCAGCGAGGCCCAGCUCAUCUCCUUCGACUGAGCCUGGCCGGGAGCCCCCCCCCCCAUCCGAGUAACACUACGGCUCUGGCCGCCUGUCUCUUAAGUGCGUCGUCCUCCCACCUCCAGCCCUUCUAGGCCUGUUGUGUCCUUGCUCCGCGCGGGCCAGGGGUGGGGGGGGGGUCCUUCACCCCAGCCCCGCCCUUUGUGCCCACCUGCUGCCCCCAGGCCCCGUCCUUGUGCAUCUGCCCAGCUGGUGUCUGACUCCAUCCCCAGGGCUGGGCCUCCGGGAGGAGGGUGGAGGGAAGUCACUUCUCGGAGAGGAGCUCCCAGCCCAGCCACCCUGACACCUCAGGGCCUGUGGUCUGGGACUGGCCUGGGGACACCCCGGGCGGUCGGGCAUGUGCGCCCCCUCCCCCCACCGCUGUGAGCAUGAGGGGCGUGGGCCUGUCUCUAGCUUCUCUGCUUCUGAGCUGUCCUCUCAUCCAGCGGAAUGGAACAGCGAGAAUAAAGUGUCUUUCAACGAG